UCUUUGGUAACGGAAGCAGUAGAGGAGGAGACUUUAAAUAUGGAGCCCUCGGGUUCUGGGCCCGAGGAGUCUUCCGCAUUAGAAGCUCCAGGGCCUCCGGACGAUCGGUUGUUCCUGGUUAAAGGUGGAAUUUUCCUUGGUUCAGCAGCCGCAGCGGGAAUGCUAGCUGGAUUUGUUACAACAUUAUCAUUAGCUAAAAAGAAAAGCCCUGAAUGGUUCAAUAAGGUUUGUGAUUCUGAAAUCCAUUCAUACGUGGAGAGCCAUAGUGCAGGCCUAUGUACAGUUUAUAGGAGCAAGAAGACCCAGCUGCGCACUGAGCCCAUGCGCAGCACUGUUGGAGGAUUGCGCAGCCGCAGUGGGAGGAAAGGCUGCGUCUGUGCUGCCUGGCAACGGCCAUUCUGGCCUCAACUGCCUUCCUCACCCUGUUCACUUCCUCCACCUGAGUGCGCAGCCAUGGCCUGGGCUAGAAGCAUCUUGAGAGCUAGCAGAAGUGUGGGUACAGCCAGUGUAGAUUUCAAGGGCUUCGGCAUAGCUCUAUGGCCCAGUCAGGUACUGUGUGUCCCUCCCAACCUGGCCCGGUGUAGCCUCACCCCUACAUCCACCAUGGCGACUGUGAAGGGUAAACUUAUCCAGCACAUCAGCUCCGAAGAGCCCGUUCUCCACAACAAGGUCUCCAUUGUAGGAACAGGAUCAGUCGGCAUGGCCUGUGCCAUUGGCAUCAUAGCAAAAGGCUUGACUGAUGAGCUUGCCCUUGUUGAUAAUAAUGAAGAAAAAAUGAAGGGUGAGACAAUGGAUCUCCAGCAUGGUAGUGUCUUCAUGAAAAUGCCCAACAUUGUUUGCAGCAAGGAUUUCCAUGUCACUGCCAACUCUGAGGUAGUGAUUAUCACAGCGGGUGCACGCCAAGAGAAAGAUGAGACACGCCUAAAUUUAGUCCAGCGAAACGUAACCAUCUUUAAGGCACUGGUUGCCAAAAUUAUCAAGCAUAGCCCUCGCUGCAAAAUUAUUAUUGUUUCCAAUCCAGUGGAUAUCUUAACUUAUGUAACUUGGAAAUUGAGUGGGUUUCCCAAAAACCGUAUUAUUGGAAGUGGCUGUAACCUAGACACAGCUCGUUUCCGUUACAUGCUUGGGCAGAGGCUUGGGAUCCACUCUGAAAGCUGUCACGGGUGGGUCCUUGGAGAGCAUGGAGACUCAAGUGUCCCUGUAUGGAGUGGUGUGAACAUCGCUGGUGUGCCACUGAGAGAGCUGAAUUCAGCUAUAGGAACAAAGAAAGACCCUGAGCAAUGGGGUGAUGUUCACAAAGAAGUCAUUGCCAGUGCCUAUAACAUUAUCAAAAUGAAAGGUUAUACUUCCUGGGCCAUUGGCCUGUCUGUAACUGAUAUUACAGAGAGUAUUCUGAAGAAUCUCAGGAAAACGCAUCCAGUUUCCACCAAAAUUAAAGGUCUCUACGGAAUCAAAGAAGAAGUGUUCCUCAGUGUGCCUUGUAUCCUGGGAGAGAAUGGCAUAUCUGAUAUUAUAAAGAUGAAGGACUUUCGAAGUAAGAUGCAAUCCAUAUUUCCACCAAUUCCCAAGAACCCUGAGUCAGCCGAGGAGUGGGAGGAAGUCCUGAAGUGGAAAUGACAACGGGCAUGGACAACUCCUAAGCAACGGCCGUGGGAAUGGCAGCCUUGGAUAUGCCACAUCUGAGAAAGGGCUGGCUCUCUAGGAACACGUGCCGAUGGCCAGAGAACCCACAGGCCACAGCAUCACCUUGGCUGCAGCUGUGCACACGGAGGAAAUGUUUUCCUAAAGACAACAGUUCAAUUACCUAGAAGUUCCCCUUGAGAUGGGACCCAGAGGAAAUGUUUUUGUUUAGAACAAUAAACCAUGUUUCAUAGUCACAAAAAAGCGGGGGAGGUGGCUGGAGAGAUCUCCAUGCUAAGAAUGCACUCGAAGAGGACCCCAGUUCGUUUCCCAGCUCCCCCUUUUGGGUGCCUCACAACCACCUGUGCCUGCUGCUCCAGGGGAUCUGGAUUCUGUGUGCACCUGCCCUCACGUGUGUCUACUGCCACAAAAGUAUACACAAUUAAAAACUAAAAAUCCUUUUUUGAAAACUCA